UCGAAACGCGUCGCGAUCGCGAUCGUUACUUCUGUCGGAUUUUUUUUAUCGGAAAGGCGUCGUCAACAUCAACAACCGACAAUUGACAAGCGAAUUUGGCGGGCGUGUGAGAUCGUUUGGUCGAGGUUUGACGGGGGAUAAACAUCCAAUCACAUUUGAUGCUGGGUGUGCUUGAAUGAAAUCGGACGUCGUCUUGAUAAUUUGAAAGUCAUUAAGAUUGAUGGGAACUUGUGUUGGGUGAAAUUAGAUUUGAAGUGAUUUAAGGGCUGGGACCACCUUCCGCGUUGCUGUUCCUGUUGAUCGUGCUACUUCUACCGUUUUUUUUUGGGUGGAGGCAUCCUGUGGCUACGGACGGUCUUUGACCUGCUUUGCAGGAGAGACCAGGUGCUUGAUUAUUCGGAGGAUUCCCGCGUGGAUUGAUUGAGUGUUCGUUGAUUGUGUGGUUUUGUGCAAUCGAUCUUUGAAGUGAUCGCGUCCUAUCCUGAUUGAAGCUUUCUUUGCUACGAAAGUAAGUCUCCAUAGCAGAAACCCUACGAGAUAAAAUGUGUGACGCACGAGUGAGUGUCGGAAAUUUACACGAUCAUAGCUCGUAAGCAUUUGAUCGCGUAGCGGUCGUUACUGACCAGUGACUCUCUCCCUAUUUUCUCUCUCUUCCUCUGUGUUGAGUGCAUAGUGUUUUGAUCGUAAUAAUCAAUUUACAUUUAUGAAAUGUAUCAACCAGUUUCCAGGGCCCGUUGUGAUCGUCGUCGUCGUCGUCGCCAUUUGUGGUGAUCAUAACCGACGGUACUAGUGAUUGAUUUCGAUCGAAUCAAGUCAGCGUCAAGCAACCGAUUGCGCAUAUCUGUUGUAGGCUUUCCUUAGCCAGCAUCCCUUGAGGUUUCGAUCUUGUUUUGAACCCUGUUCGGAGAUCUAACGCACGAGAUCAAGUUUGACUAGUUCGACACCAAAUUUUUCGGUGCUGGAGGCCUUGACGGAAGAACCGAGCUGACUUUCUCCGCGAUCGAGGCGCUCCACUAAUCCGAACGUGAUCCAGUGAACUUCGUACCUUAAUAUGUGUCUCAUAUAUGGGGAUGGACUACUGACUACUGAACGACCUCGCGAUCGACGAGUGAGUGAGUGAAGAGUUCAAAUAUCUUUCGAGUUGAGCGGGGUCAGGAGAAGGACACGGCAUUCCUUUGGCUCUUGGGAGUUUGGAGUCAAGAAACAACACAAACAUCUGCUGAAACCCGAAUUCAACCGAAAGAAAAAAAAAACUCUUACUCCACCGACGAUCGUCGCGUCGUACGAGAGCCGACGAUAAACUAGAUCGCGGUAAGUGCGUGUGGUGCGCAUGCCUCGGCAAUAAUUCAUCGCUGCUUCGAACUUCGAACACCAACUGAGCUGCUCGGUCGGGUUUUUGGAGGCUUUUGCAUACCUAAGACGUCGAAUCGAGUCAAAUCUAAAAUUCAAGUUCUCAUUGAACAAGCGUGAUGAACACUAUGCGAUUAAUGAGUUGAAAAAUCAUCCAAAGUGCAGUAGUGAAUGAAGGUGUCAAAACAACAUUCUGUGUCAUGUAGUGUCAAAAUCGUGAAUUGUUCAAGAAGUGAUCCCAUUACGUUUGUUAGUGAAUCUCCCUGUGGCCUACCCUAGCAAAAAUGUCACUCCUAUCAUCUGGGGGUCGCCCCCGCUCCCUGAUGGAGGCACUGCUGGCCAAGAAGAUCGAAGCCGCCUCCCAGGCUGGCGGCAAUGUGCCUCCGAGUGGCCCAGGUGGAUCCCGCUUGAUGCGAACCGACUCAAUGGACUCGAGCAGCAGCAUCGGCUCUCUGAUUCUCGGAGAGGACGUGUGCCGAUGUGACGAUUGUCUGCUCGGCAUCGUCGAUCUGUACACGAUCGGCCCCCAGGAGACGGCGAACGCCAAGAAAAAGCCCUCGGGAUGGCGAAAGCUGAGGAAUAUCGUCCAGUGGACGCCCUUCUUCCAGACGUACAAAAAGCAGCGCUACCCGUGGGUUCAGCUAGCGGGGCACCAGGGCAACUUCAAAGCCGGUCCCGAUCCGGGAACGGUCCUCAAGAAGCUCUGCCCCAAGGAGGAAAAGUGCUUCAAGGUUCUCAUGAAGGACGUCCUCCGGCCAUAUGUUCCUGAAUACAAGGGACAAGUAAACAGCGAUGAUGGCGAAUCUACCUACAUCCAGCUGCAAGAUCUGCUCAGCGACUUCUACCAGCCGUGCGUGAUGGACUGCAAAAUUGGCGUGCGGACUUACCUGGAGGAGGAACUCUCCAAAGCCAAAGAGAAGCCGAAGCUGAGAAAGGAUAUGUACGAAAAAAUGAUCCAGAUCGAUCAGAACGCCCCGACGGAGGAGGAACAUCGAGCGAAGGGUGUUACGAAACCUCGCUACAUGGUAUGGCGCGAGACGAUCUCCAGCACCUCGACGCUGGGCUUCCGGAUAGAGGGCAUUAAGAAGAGCGACGGUACCAGUUCAAAGGAUUUCAAAACGACCAAAUCGCGGGAACAGAUCUGCGACGCGUUCCGGGAGUUUGCCGAAGGAUUUCCGCAUGCGCUGCCCAAAUACAUCCAACGACUGAAGGCGAUCCGCGCCACGCUAAGCUUCUCGGACUUCUUCAAGCAGCACGAAGUGAUCGGCUCCUCGCUCCUGUUCGUGCACGAUCGCCACAACGCCAGCGUCUGGUUGAUCGACUUCGCCAAAACGGUUGCCCUGCCGGAGUCGGUGGCCAUCUCGCACGAUCGCAAAUGGAAGGUGGGCAACCACGAGGACGGCUACCUGAUCGGCAUCAACAAUCUGAUCCAGAUCUUCGAGGAAGUACACGAGGCUCAGCAGGCGGCUCUAGCCGAACGGAUACCGAGGCUUUCGCUGCCCGAUCUGCACCACGACUUCGGUAGCGGCUAUCAGGCGAAGAACAGUGUCAGCGUCAACAACAAUAACAAAGAAAGCAAAAGCGAAGAAGCGGUCGACAAAGCAUCCGAACAGCCUGCUUUGAUUGCCGAACUGAGUACCUUGGUGUUAAGUAAUUCGACGACGACGACGACGACUGUGCCGACUGAAGCAGGGUCAGCUGACAGCAGUGCUGCCAACUGUCUCAACAAUAACAACUGCGACUGCAAAAACGACGACCAGAGUCCGACUUCGACGCAGCAACUUCCAGAAGGGGGCACUAAUAGUUAAUAACUUAUACAUUUUCGAACGUUCCAAUCGUUUGUAAUUGAUUCAAUGAUGGGCGGUUUUCUUCCUUCAACCAUCAUCAGCAUCCCCCUCCUUUACAAAAGUCUGAUAUCAAGCAGGACUGAGACUCAACUGUCGAUUCGUUUUCCCAUUCCUUCUCAUCAAUGCAGAGUUUUUCCUACCGAAUAAAGGGGAAAAGGAAAGACAUUAUCGGAACAAGAUAAAUCAUGAAACAACAGUCUAGUAUUCUUACUAAUUUCCAAGAAAACAACAAACAAAAUAAAUAAACUCACAUACACAUUUCCAGAGCAAUGUGAAAUCUCAAAACCAAUGGUUAUAGAAGCGUAGAUAAUGCUACCACUGUAAAACACACUAUUUAUACGAAAACUUGUUACAACAGUUAAGAAGAAAAAAAUAAAAACAAAAGCACCAAUAAGAAAGAGUGAGAGAGAGUGAGUAAGAGAGAAAGGAGCUAGAAAAUUAGAAAACUCAUACAAUUCAUAUUGUAUUAAUAUAUUCGAUAUUUAGUCAAAGUUUUCUCAAACAAACAAAUAUUCGACUAGGAUCGGAGAAAAAUCCACUAAACAUAAACUGUGGUAGCUGAAAUUCGUUGUUGAAAGUCUUUAGGGGUGGUUAGAGCGAAGAUUAAAAAAAAACAAGCGAAUUCAGAGCAUCCACCACCACCCAGAGGGACGCUUCUAGUAUAUAAGAAAAAAACAUAUGUAGUUAUUCGCGAAAUCUAUUAUUUAUCAAUCACAAAGUGUGAUGCCUUCUGAUCGUAGCCCCCCCGUUCGAUGGUGGACCAGCGAGGAGGAUUUUCCAAUGAAAGCAUUUCCCUUUUUAGUUUUGUUACUAGCUCUUAAGUCAGGCCAUUGCAAACAACAAUAAAGUAGCAUGCAUUUUUUCUCAACUUUUAA